GGUCACACUGUCCAAGAAAGAUAACUUUAGGGACAGUGUCAACAACAGUCUCAAGACAACCUCCGACUGAAUUGAGAAUUACAAGCAAGGACAUACGGAUAAUUUGCCGGUGAUUCAUCAACGCGCUGCAUUUAUUUUUAUAAUUCGGUGUUUCACGAUGAAGUUUGUACGAUUUAUGAUGAGGAAUGCUGCUUUGUUAAAUGCGCCAAAGCACAUCGAUUACUACGCUAAAUUUUCUCCAUCGCCGUUGUCAAUGAAGCAGUUUCUGGACUUCGGAUCUUCAAAUGCAUGCGAGAAAACAUCCUUCAUGUUCCUCAGACAAGAGCUUCCUGUGAGACUGAGUAACAGCUUGAAGGAGAUCAACCUUUUACCAGAUCACUUAAUAAUGACUCCAUCCGUUCAACUAGUUCAUAGCUGGUUUGUCCAAAGCCUGUUGGAGAUCCUAGAAUUCCAAGACAAGAGCCCGGAGGACUCUAGAGUUCUAGAAGAAUUCGUAGAAGCUCUGGUGACCAUUAGGAACAGGCACAAUGAUGUGGUACCCACCAUGGCUCAGGGUGUCAUCGAGUACAGGGAUGCAUUUGGGGCGGACCAUUUCACAAGUCAGAACAUUCAAUACUUUCUGGACCGCUUUUACAUGAGCCGCAUCUCCAUUCGGAUGCUCAUUAACCAGCACACUCUGAUCUUUGAUGGGACCACAAAGCCAGGACAUCAUAGCAGCAUUGGGUGCAUUGACACCUGCUGUGAUGUCACUGAGGUAAUCAGAGAUGCAUUUGAGUGUGCUAAAAUGCUCUGUGAGCAGAACUACCUCGGAUCGCCUGAGUUGGAGCUUAGAGAGAUCAACGCAAAGAACAAGUCCCAACCAAAUGAAAUAUCCUAUGUUCCUUCUCAUCUCUACCACAUGGUUUUUGAGCUCUUCAAGAAUGCAAUGAGGGCGACAAUUGAGCAUCAUGAAACAAGCAGCACGCUGCCACCAAUCAAAGUCAUCGUGGCCCUAGGCACAGAGGACCUGUCAAUCAAGAUUAAUGACCAGGGUGGUGGCGUUCCAUUCAGGAAGAUUGAUAGACUUUUCAGCUACAUGUAUUCGACAGCACCCAGACCAACUCUUGGUGACCAUCAACGCACCCCAAUGGCUGGUUUUGGUUAUGGUCUUCCCAUCUCCCGCCUGUACGCACGCUACUUCCAAGGUGAUCUCCAGCUUUAUCCAAUGGAGGGCUAUGGAACGGAUGCUGUAAUUCAACUUAAGGCCCUGUCCACAGACUCAAUUGAGAAGCUUCCCGUGUUCAAUAAGACUGCCCUGCGCCACUACAAAGUCAAUCAGGAGGCUGAUGACUGGUGUGUGCCAAGCAAGGAGCCGCUGAACUUAGCUUUGUACAAGGCUGCGAAGUGAACCACCAGUCUUGGUUGCUGCAAAGAUAUGACUCUGACCUUUAAGAUAUUGCCAAUAUAGGCCACCAUAGGGAAUGCUUGCAUUCCCUGCUGGACUGGGGUCCAACUAGGGGAUCUCCCAAGUGUUCUGGGAGUCGUCGUUGUCUAGGAACAUUUAGUUUGGCCACUAACGUGUGGCCAGAAUAAAAGAUGCUAAAGUGUAGGGUCCUUAGUGUAAGUCAUUACUGUGGUGCUGCUGAAGUUGGUGUUUUUCAGAAAAGCUCAGGCUUAAAGAGACUCUCGAGUUUGAGUGCUUGACAUGUUUUUAGAUGCAUAUGACCCUGCUUGAGGCAGAGUUAAAAGAUGAAAGUCUAGAAAUGGUGAAAGAGCGGUGGAGAAUUGUGGGUGUAUGGUGAAGAGGGAGUAAAACAUUGUGGUUUCGGUUUUGAGAAGACAGUGUCAAAUGUGAAUGGUCAAAUGUGUUGUACAUUUUUAUUUAGCCCUUAAAUGGAGGCUGUGGCCAAAGAUUGUUCCUCUUAAAAGAGGCUGGAAAGUGAAAUCACACUUGAAGCUUUUAUAUUAGAAUAUUCAGGACUUUAUGUGACGGUGAUACUAUGCCUUAUUGUUUCAAUGCAUUACUGAAUAAAUGACCAUAAAAUGUGCCUAUAUUCACAAUGUUGUGUUCACAAUGAAAGUACCUUGUUGUGUGAGUUUAUAUAUAUAUAUAUAUAUAUAACUAAAUAAAUCUGACUAUUUUUCAUCAA